GACAGCGGCGGCAGCGCGGCGCGCCCCGCCGCCGCCGCCGCCGCCCCCCCGCGCCGCCCCCGCAGCAUGAUCCGCGGCGCCUGGAUGUACCCCCGCGGGGGAGCCGCCGGCGGGGCGGUGUGCUGCGCGCCGCGCCGCAGCGACAAGCCGGUGGCCGACCCCGAGCGGGCGCAGAAAUGGCGCCUCUCGCUGGCCUCGCUCCUCUUCUUCACCGUCCUCCUCUCCGACCAUCUGUGGCUCUGCGCCGGGGCCAAGCUGCGGGCGCGGGAGCGGAGCGGCGCCGGGCGGCCGCGGAGCCGCGGGCCGCGGGCCCUGCUGGCGGCCGAGCCGGCGGGCGGCAGCUGCGAGGCGCUGCUCGGUAACCUCAGCCGGGCCCCCGGGCCCUGCCCCGCCGCCCGCGGCGACCUGGACUCGGCCUGCGCCCGGCUGCACGCCCUGCAGCGGCCGCGGGGCUCCCCGGCCGGCGCGCCCCUCCGCUCGCCCCCCGCCGCCGCCCCCUUCUUCGCCUCUCCCUCCUCCAAGAGGACCUUCCUGCAGGCUUACUUUAGGAACUUCAACCUCUCCUUUUGUGAUACUUACACGAUCUGGGACCUGCUGCGGGAGAUGGCCGGCCCGGACGGCCUGGACUGCAGCGUGGACAACCUGAUGGUGGACUUGGUGGUGGCGGCAGCCGGGGCGCUGGGCGGGGAGGCCUGUAGCAGCUGCGUCCAGGCGUACCAGCGGCUGGACCAACACGCUCAGGAAAAAUACGAGGAGUUCGACCUCUUGCUGGAGAAGUACUUGCAAUCAGAAGACUACUCGGUCAGAUCCUGCCUGACAGACUGCAAGGCUGUCUACAAGGCCUGGCUGUGCUCCGAGUAUUUCAACGUGACCCAACAGCAGUGCCGACACCGGAUCCCAUGCAAGCAAUACUGCCUGGAGGUGCAGACCAGGUGCCCGUUUGUGUUACCGGACAAUGACGAGCUGAUCUAUGGAGGUUUGCCUGGCUUCAUCUGUACGGGGCUGCUGGAGAACCAGCUGCCCGACGAGGAGGCCAAGUGCUGCGAGGUGCAAUGGGACUCCUGCGACCACCCCCCAGACAGCAACGAGAACACAUCCCCCAAAUCCACAGCGUCAGAGUCACUCCAUUUCCACCGCCACGACCCCCACCUCCAUCACCAGCGGCAGAACCACUACCACCUCUACCACCACCACCACCACCAGUACCACCAGCCCCACUCCCCAUCCUUGCUGCCGGUCUCUGCAGGGUCUCGCCUCAGCAGCAGCAGGAUCAGACUGUGCGUGCUGGUCCUGAUGCUUCUCCACACCAUGGUGUCCUUCUCAAGCGUGCACAGCGGCGGCGGGGCGGCCGGCGGAGGGCUCAGCCUGGAGGCCCUCCCCGCCUUGGAGGAGAGCGUGGCACGGGACGAGUGACGCAGAGGGGAAAGCCGACCUCCAAGAAGAACGCCAGAUCUUUUUCCACUAAGGGGGGCACAUGCUAUUCCUCCAAUGGGAGGCACAGGAUUGGGGGUGACGCACACACACACACCCCCACACAUACCCCCAAGAGCUGCUCGCCGCGGGGCAUCCCCGUGAUGAAGAGUCUCUAAUGCGCACAGGGCUGCGGAACUCGGCUUUGAGAAGGGUUCGGUCAGUAGCAGCCGGGCAGCGCGGCGUGCCCGGCCUCGCCGAGGCGCCGGCGCAGGAAGGUACGGCACGGGGGCAGGGGGAGCGGAGGGGAGGGGAGGGGAGGGGAGGGGGUCCCCUCGGAAGAGAUGUCCCCGUGGGACUGCCGCACAUCUCCCGGCCGCCUGCCGCGAGUGCCUUGGGCGCCCGCACCUUACCCGCCAGCGACCUGCCAAGGGUUUGACAGUCAGCCCAGCCUCCGUUCCUUUUCCUCCUCGGUCUCUACAUCCCGAAGGGCCAGGGAGGCGCCUCUUGGCACAGCCUGGGCCCACCCCCACCCCAUCCCAGGGGAAAAUCCCACCAACUCAAGGCAGAACCAUCCUCGUGGAGUGCAGCGUCCUCAGCGUGACAUUCCCCUCGCUGAUGGGAUUUGGGGGACGGGAGUGGGACGCUAUUAUGCUACACUGUGGUACUACUUGGGGUUUGUCUCAUGACAUCCCCAACCUGCUCCUCCAGCCUUGCCUCUCUGUCUCCUCUGUGCAAGGAGGCAAAGAGGGAAGGAGGAGGCACGGAGCAGAAGGGACGUCCCCAGCAUUCCCGCAUCCCACUUUGCCAAGUGUUCUGAUGAUUUGGUUUAACUUUUUUUGCUUUCUUUCCUGACUGGAGUGGCUGGUUUCCGAGAGGAGUUAGGGAGAUGUGACUCCAGCAGUGCACAGGCUAAGCGAGGGAGUGGGGUGGCACAUGGUAACAAUUGGACGCAGGGUGUCGGAAGGCAUCCUUCCAUGCUUCCCAGCUACAGAUUAUCAACUGGGUGGCAGAAGGACUGGGCAAAAGGGCUGGAGAAAUCUGGCUUGUAGGGAGAGUCUCUCACACAAAGAAGAGGCGCUAAUAAAGCCCAGCUGGGGAAGAGAGUUUUUGUGAACACUUUCUAUCCAUGGAUGCCCCCCAGAUCAGAAAAUUUCUAGAAGCCCAGCUGGGACAGCUGGACUCAGCCGGGCAAGUUGCUGGCUGGUGCAGCCUCGUUUGGCUCACUUGUUUGGUUUUAUUUUUAAACCUGAGCUCAGUGGAUCCAGGGAUUCAGCCCCAAACAGACACCAGAUCCCGCUUUCCUAGGAAACUCCCCAAUUCUCCGCUCGCCCACCAAGAACUGUUCCCAGCAUGAAUACUGCGAGGUGGUGCGUGGGGGGACGGCGCUGCGCCUCCGGACCAGGCACCAGAGGCAAGGAAGUUCAUUCUGGGUGUGGGUGAGGGGAAGGAGGAAGGUGCGUUUUAGCACAAGUCAGCUGCAAAAUGUUCUGGUCGCGAUAGGGAUGUGAACCUGCUCAUUGCCUACAGAGGAUGUGUGAUGGUCCCGCUCUUUCUAGGCCUCCUCUUGCUGGGGAGCCUACAGCAGAGCCCAGGGUGGAUCGCUGCAGCCCUGCUGGGAGGCAGGGAUGGAGCAGGAUGGAUGUCCUGCUGCAUCUCAAACCAAUUGCAGAUCCCUGCGAGGGUCCAGGAAGUCACAGAGUUGAGGACUGUAAUGAGUUCCGUGGUUUCUGGUCUGUUGAGGUGAAGCAAAACCAAGCAGAGCCCCAUGAGCAAAGCUACUUCCUACCUGGCUGGAAGAAGGAAGUACCGGGCAUCUCGUGGGAAGGACAGGUUUCCUGAUGUUUCCAGCCCAUUUCCAGACCAAAGAGGCUCUGAGAAACAGCUGAAUGUUUGAUUUCUGCUUUGACUUGAAUCUCAGAGCUUUGGGGUGAUGUUUACACAUUAUCAGUUGCCUGUUACCAAAGUCCCACAGAUACAAAGCCUGCGAACCCGCUGUUGCUUGGUUAUCGGGCUAGGAGAGGCGAUGUUCAUGGAAGAUGCAGAGAGUGUCUCCCAAGCAGAUUUCCUUGCUGUUGCUACCCAGAAAAGGUAGGAUGAUUCUUGUUUGGCUAUUCCUCACACCAUCCAUAUAUUUUCAGUCUAGUUUACGCCAGUCUGAGGAGUCAGACGUGCAACAGUUCAACAAAUAGGGAUCCAACUCCUCCGUUUGCUUUGCUGCUAAGACAUGAGUUGGGUAGCUGCUUUGAUGACUAGCGAAAGUGUACAGCCGGACCGAGGGAGGGAGCGCGGUCCUGUGCCUGCCUCGAGACAGCCGGAUCCAGUUCGCUCUUAAGGAAAUUAGAUUUUUCAUGUACUGCCAAGAGUUAAGCUAAUUCCAGGCGCCUCUCUCAGAGAUAGGCUGCAUCCAAUCUUUGAACGGCUCAUCUAGAGAGAGAAGAAUAGCCCAGUGUGGUGCGUCAGCAAGUGGCCCUGAGUCACUGGCCCUAUUCAUUGUCUGCUGGUGUGACACUGAGCAGCGCCCGAGCCUGCACGCUCGCUCGCCUGUGUCCGGCGCAAAGGCCGUUCCCGGGGGUGCGUGCCCCUCUGCACCGCCGGCGAGCGGAGCGAGGGACCAGUGCGUCGGCAUCGGCGUCAGCCUGGGCUCGGGCGGUUUCUGGGGGCACCGAGCGCGGGGGGGUUUGUGAUGGGGGAUUUCCACAGAGCUGCGAGAGCGAAGUCGAAGGGCCCGAGUUAUCUUCAGGGACUAGGGGAGGCUUGGCAGGGUUUUGCUGAAAUGACCUGGGAGCUGUGACAAAUGUGUUCACCUUCCAUUGCAUCAGCGGAUGAGCUUCCUCUCAGGAGGCAGCGAGCCCGCGCUUACAUCCCGAUGAAUCUGAAAGCUGAGCCAUUUCAAAAAUGGGGUCCGUAGUGUGAUUGCUGAGGGGGUGUAGUUGCGUCAGCCUCCUCAGCCGGGGAGCGAGGAGGCUUUGCAGGGCAGUUAUGCUGUAGCCAGAGGAGACGCACACGUUUUCCAGGCUGUGGCUUCCCGGGAGGUGUUCACGUGAGGACAGCGUGCCGGGCUGGCAGGGCGGCUGCCGGGCUGGCAGGGGGAGCGCGCGGGGUGCGGAGCCGCGCUGGCAGGCGCGGGGCUGGGAUUUUACCUAGUGUGACUGCAAGGAAAGUGCUGAGUCUUCACAGACCAAGGCUUUUGGAAGGAGUUCUUUUAUUUAGCGAGUCUGGGCUGCUGUCAAUAAGUUCUGUGGUUUUAGGGCACCAUAUGCUGUAUUCAACACUUUGCCAAUCUCGUUAAAUGAAUCCAGACUAGGCUGUUCACAGAACAGGACAGAGCAGCUGGAAGCGGUGUAUGUCGCAGUCCAUCAUUAUAAGGCCGUCGGAUAAAAAUCUUCUCUUUGGUCUGACAUUACAACCUUAAUAAUCCUCUAUCCAUAUUAGCUUUCUCUUCGCUAUAAAAGAGAAAAGCCCAGAAAGGGGAUGUUAACGUUGUCUUGGUUAAUACCACUGACAUUAUUUUUAUUAAAACAUGGAAUGAAUGUGCCUUGGAUAAGGAGGGAAAGGGUCUCUUUGCCCCGUGAGUGCAGGUACGCUUCAGCCCGAGCCCCUCCUGUGCCCAACACAGCCCUGGGACCAGGGGCCCUUUGCAGACCCAUGCUCCCACAGCCACCUGGGACCUUUAAAAACACCAGGAUUUAUCCUACUGGGAAUUUAAACCGAAGGGGCUUUCUCCUUUUCAGUUCAGUGAUCUUAUUUCUUCUCCCUAAAGAAAGCGCCACGCAUGGGGAUUAAUAUGUAAAACUCAACCUUUCCUUCAGUGGAUAACCUUCUCUCUGCUCAGAGAAAAACGCCUGUUGGGAGGCAGUGAUUCCUCCCUGGCAAGAGGCUUUCUCAUCCCCGAGGAGCUGGGGGAGCCGAGGGGCGAUGCUGUCCCCGUGGGGUGCGGAUGCAGGAGCGGGCAGGGGAGUGGGCAGAGCUGCAGGAGGAAAGGUAGCCGGGUACUGCCUGGCUGGAGCGUUAGUCCUGGGUUUUGCACUUUAAUGUAACUGCCAAUUGUACAAAUUAAUUAAAAAUAACUGAAGAAAAAUCCCAAAGAAAGGCCCUGCUUCCUCUGGUGAAGAUUAAUCAUUAGUUGAGCCUUUUUCUUAUGAAAAUACAGAUCCAUGGUAGCCCCAGGCAAAAGAUUCCCAGGGAGAGCCCUCACCAUUCGUGCUCUGAGUUAGGGAAAUCGCUUUGAAAGCAUCUGACAACUAAAGCAGAACAUGUUGAGUAACUUGGCAACACUCAGAAAACAUCUUGAAAUGGUUUUUGUUCAACACAUUUUGCUUUGCUUCAAUAGGAGAUGUCAGGGCAGUUCAUUCACUGCCACUCAGGACUGCAGGCGAUGCUGGGAGACGGUUCUUCUGCCUGCAUUUAAAAGAAGAAAAAAAGAAAAUCCCCGAUAUCUGCUGCUCCCAGGGCAGGAUCCUCCUUAGCGAUGCGAUGGAGCUUCCCAUUGCCGAGCUCUGCAGGUCUCUUCUGGGCAGCGAGGUCUCCCUGCACCGUGCUUGCGGGGAGGUGGGUGAUUUACAGCACAGAGCGGGGCCAUUUGUGCUGCCGGUGGGACAGGGUCCCUCCCCCCCGUCCUUCCUUGUGCUCAGCCUUGGGAUUGAAGGCUCUGCCCUCAAAAAGUCAUGCAGCAGCUUGUGAUAAAUUAUAAUAUGAUACCUCGCUACCACCCCAGAAAGGAAUGCCUAUAGAAAUUGGUAGAGACAAACAUACUCGGAUUCUGCGAAAAUCCCUAUUAAAAUCCAUGCGAUGUGCCAGCCAAUUUUGCUUAUUGACUUUUUGAGCUGCCCUGUGGAUAUAAAUCUCUCUUAAAUUAUCCUUCGAAGGUUAGGAAGGGCAAUGUCUAAUGUUUAGGCAGAAUGUUAAUAAUGAUCUACUUUAGCCCAUCCAACAAAGUCAGUUCUUGGGCAUCCCAGCCCAUCUCCCCCCAGAAGAAGCCUGUUUAAGGGCUCUUGGAUCAUGGCAGCUCGGGGGGGCUGCACACAUCCAAGCAUCAUUUAGUUUUAUUUCAGGAGCGACAGUUUUCAGUCAUUCUUUUCGGGUGUUCUUGGUCCAUAUGGCUCUUCGGGUGAGUUUCCAGUCCUGUUAUCACUGCAGGGAGGGGGACAGGGAAAGCCUGCUCUGCUUGUCCUCUGAGUGCCAGCCAAGGGUCAGCACCUGACUCCUGAAAAUCCCAGCAGUUUACACCAUUCCUGCAGCCCCAGGCUCCAUCUUGAACAACAAAGCCAGCGCCAACCAUGUUCCCCACGGCUGAGUGGAGAAGAGCAUCCUCCCAAAAAUGGGGGUCCCAAAAAUGGGGCUUGCUCCAUCUCACCCAUGGGCUUGUCCUUGGGGGGGGGGUUGUGGGGGGGUGUCCCACACGUGGCCUUCUGCAGUGUGGCCUGUGCAGGACGUGCAGCUGCCCCUCCCCUGGACGUAGGCAGGAGGGUGCUCGUCCUGCUGGGUGUCGGGGGAGGAGGGUUUUACCCGUGCCCUGGGUCGUGCAGAGCCGCGCCGAGACCCAGUGAGGGAGGUCACCAGCACCAGCUGCUCCAGGGCAGUUUCCAAAGGGACCUUCAGUUCUGCCCUUCUGGGAUGAAGGGAGCAAAGGAAAUGCUGUGACCAUACGCGAAGGAUAAAUCAUUUUCAAGCAAGGACCUUAAAAUAAAUCACUCCUUUUAAAAGUUGUUGGGAUUUUAUCAAAGCUCUCAGCCCCCGCUCGCAGGACUGGGUGUUCAUGGGCAGGAGACGGGCUGAGUUACAAACACCGUUCCUCCAGCCUUCUUUCCUAGGCUGUGUAUCUAGUACUUUUGUUCGAAACAGGGUCAGGAGUGGUUUCCAGUCUCGUUAGCAUUUUAUGAUGAUCCUUUUUCAGCCCAGAAAGUCGACAACUUCGUUUGUUGUAAACUGAAACUCAAAAAAAAAAAAAAAAAAAAAUUAGGUUUGGCUUAUGAAAUUUGGGUUUGGUUUUACCAUUUUUAAACGUAUUUGGGAACUGUGCGUGCUUGAGUUGCAAAACAAAAAGACAUUUCAAGCCAGACAGUUAUUUUAUUUUGAAACUUGUCAAAACAAGCCAUAUUGAUAAUUAUGACCAAUUUUUUUCAAAUUGAGAAAUGUAUCAAGAACAGCCCUUUCCCACAAAACCUUUCAUUUUCAAAAAAUAAAAUGAAAAAAAUCAAUCACACUUUUUCUGCUCGCACAGUUGGAACUGGUGGCAGUGGAUUCGGAGAGAAUAGCAAUUUGUAAGGAAUUCCAACCAGCUCUACUUAAAAUAGCAUCCAGCCAGUUUCUUGGGGGCAGUAGGCUGAGCGGCUCCGUGGUGAAAGCAAACUGGAGAGCUGCCUUUCUUACCAGGACGGUUUUAGUCCAGGAAAACACACCUUGGGAACCGCAUGGGCAUGUUCCCCUUGGGAAUUUGCUGGUGAGGUGCUGCUGCCUGGGAGGACGUGUCCCUUCUUCUCUAGGAACUCAGCCCGUGGGUGCCCCCAGCCAUCCCUCUAACGAAGCUCUAUUUUCUUUUCCAAGCCAAAAUGAAUCCAGCCUCUUCUAGCCUCUGAUACAUUCAGACAUCACAGUUACGGGAUGCCUUCAAAGCCGGAGAUAAUCCCAUAUGUUCAUGGGAGUUUAAAUGUGGAAGGAAUUCCAUGUGCUGGUCCGGCAGGGGUGCCACAAACCAAGAAAAGCAAAUGCCGUGGUUCAACUGGAGCCAGUUUAAGGGGGAGACUUGAGAGAGAGCCCCAAAGAAAGCCUCCUUGCCCCCUUGCCUGUCUCCAUUCAGAGCGUGGGAGAUGCCCUUUCUGGCCGCUGAGGCGAGGUCUGUGCCCCUCUGCUGCCGGCGAGGGCCGGGCUGGGGGGGCCCGGGGGGCCCGGGGGGACCUUGGCAGGGUCCGGGAUGGCUUUGCCUCUGUGUGUGACCAGGCUGCUUGUGACCGAACCCUUCUCAAGUGCUUGUGAAAUGUUGGUGGUUACAGAGCUCAGACCUACAAAAAAAGGUCCUUUUACAGUACGUGGUGGCGAGGUGAAAAAAAAACAACAUACUGCUGAAGUCAAAAUAUUCUUUCUAAUUCCCCUGCCCGGUUUCUCUUUCUUUCCAGCUUUCUUCCUCUGCCUCCUGGACCCUCCCUCUCUGUUCCCACCCCCCUUCUGUUUCUCUUUCUCCCCUCUGUCAUAAGAAAGUGACUGUGUCCUCGAGGGGACAGUUUUCUUAUGCCAUUUUAUACACUGUGCUUCAUGUUUAGAACUUUUUUGCACUAGUUCCUAUUACAUUUAUUUUCCAAAAUGGUUUGACAGAAAACAAACAAAAAAAAACAACAAAAACACAAAACCAUGCUAUAAUUCAGUUGUAUUAAAAAUAUUAUCCUACUACUCUCUGUGUUCAAUAGUCUCUGUACCUGUAAUGCUUUCAGUUCUGUUGUAUUUUGGGGCAGAGGUUUUCUCCGCUCCUUGUUUAACCCAGUAAAGAAAUAAAAUGUUAAGAAUUGAUGAUAA